AGCGCCGUCUUCAGACUCCGAGAGGAAGCACUGUAGGGAGAGGACGCAAGCCGAGCUCGCGUGGCUGGAGAGCUGUAAGAAGCAUGUUAUAUUAGAGGAUGAUGCUGUGGCUGAAAUCAAGACGAAACAGGAGGAAGUACUGAGCCAACUAAGACAGGAGCAGGCAGAGAUCCAGCACUGGCGUAGCGUGUAUAAAUGUGAGAGGCAGCACAUCCUGGACAUCAAGAGGUCGGCAACUCACUUUGGACAAGUGCUGCAGAGUCUCGGCAUGGCAGACGGCAACUCCAGGCCAAGGGACGCAGCUCCUGCACAGGAGGGAUGGAGUUUUGGCGUGAAACCUGUGAUUAUACCAGCUGCCAACAGUGACGAUAAGACACCUGGAGAACAAGAAAGAUUUUUAACUAAAGCAGGUUUGAGGAGGCUUCUAACAUCUGAUGAAGUAUGGAGUUUUGGGAGGAAGAAAAGCCAUCAAUGUCAGCCAUGUCAUCAUGCCAUCACUGAGAGGAAAAUGAAAAAGGGGGAUGAAAAUUUUCUACAUCAGCAUGAAGCAGCACAGGCAGACUCUAAACCCAAUGGCUAUGAACAUGAGAUUAAGAAGAUUCAAUCCCCUUUACUUAAACAUCAACAUAAUCACCAAUGCCCAUCUACAAACAGCAAGAUGCAUUCAGAAGAGAAAAUCCUAAACCCUACUGAAGCUCCUUGGAAGUCCAUUAAGAAUGUGCAGGAGUUCACAGUAGGACAACACAACCAGCCCGGCUGUGGUACCUCUGACAGGUUGCCCAUUAUGUCCAGUCUGUCAUCUGAUAUAGAGGAAGACCUGCCCUAUGAUAAUGAGGACAGCCAUGAAAAAGCUGGAGAACGAAGCAAUCCAAAGUUUCACAAGACACAGAAAGCAUAUUUUGCUUCUGAUGAUAUGAUUCUAGGCUGUGGCCAGACAAUAACUGACUAUGUGACUCUCAAUGUGCAGAACAACCAACAGCUGCAAACUGUGUUAUUGUUAAAUAAUAACCAUGAGAUUUGUGACGAGUCAAGGAAGACAUAUACAACUUACACACAGAUGUACGAUACUGAUUCAGUAUCACAUAUUUCUGGACAGCAGAUGUGGCAGAGUACAAAAGAGUCCACAAUGGGCAAACCACAUGUUGCAAAUGUGGACCAUGCUCUAAAUAGUGAAGUAAAAGGGGUGGAGGAGAGCCCAUUCUGCGAUGACAGCUUUUCUGAGACAGAAGAUAAAUCAGAGCCUUUCUCCCUCCAGAGUGAAGCACUGGCCUGGUCAGAAGAAGACAGAGAUGUUCUCAGUGAAGAGAAAACAGACACAUGCUCUUUAGUCUACGCCGAAAAGUUCAUUGUCGUCCCAGAAUCUUGUCUAUAUGAUCAUGGGUCAGACGACAAAGGCUAUGAGGAGGGUCUCCAUGGACCACUUCACUGCAUGAGGGAAAUGACAGCAGACUCCACCCUCUCAGAGAUCCUGUCUCCUGUAGAUGAGGUUUUGUCGUAUGGAAGUGCUGACCUCCCUCCUUCAGUUAGAGUAGGAGGUGGGUUAGGACCAGGCAGCAACAGCUUGCUACCUCCUCCACCUGCCUUUGAGAUCAUCACAUGGACUAGCGAGGAUGACCUUCCAAUUCAACCUGACCUUGUUGAGGACAUUUCAAUUAACAGUGAGAGGUUCCCUCCCCUUCCUGUGGACCCUUCUUCAUGUAGGAGAAAGGCAAGCUCUCUAGGGGAAAGUGGGGUAAAUAAUGAUGAUGGUGUGGUCGGACAUGUGUGUAAAGCACAUGAUCCCAUGCUGGCUACAGGACAGGAUGAGGAGGAAGGUUCAGAGUACACCAGCUCUCUUCCUGUAAAUGAGAGAAAUGACAGCCAAGAUCCUCUGUCCUCCUUUUGCAUUGGAGCUAGGAUUCUUGUCUGCAAAUCAAGACCAGGAGUGCUGAAAUAUAAGGGACAUGCUGCUUUUGCGGGUGGUUUCUGGGCUGGUGUGGCGCUGGAUACUCCCACAGGAAACCACAAUGGAACUUUCAGAGGUGUGAAGUAUUUUACAUGUGAAAAAAACUGUGGGGUCUUGGUUAGAGCAGAAGACAUUUCUCAUCUACACAGAGAGCACUGCAGCAAUUUUGAUACUGGUGUCGAUGAAGAUACUUUUUCAGAUGAAGAUCUCCCAAAUGUGGAGUCCCCAAAUGAGGACUGCCAAAAAAGACAAGAGGAUGGAGAUGGAAUAGAGAGACAUGAGAACAGUGAGAGUUUCUCUGAACACAUUUCCUUACGUCCAAAACAGACAUGCCAGCAGGAACCAUAUGAAAAUUCAACCAGAAUAAUACCCAAUGAUCUAUCAAAAUAUUCAAGAUCUAUUGAAAAAUCUCCAUUAAAAGUCGAUCAUAAGAUGAUGUGGUAUGAUGAGAAAGGCAAGUUCACUGGUGAUGGCCCUGGAGCUCAGAUAGAAAUGUUAACUGAGGAGAUUUCUGUGGCUGCUGUGAAGGAUGUACAGGAGACCAGGAAGAGACGCAGACAGAGAAUUGGAUCUAAGCAUGACAUUAAACCUAUGGAUGCUGAGUUUCAAAAAAGGGAUGACAGCAACUUCACAACUAACAUAGCAUGUCUAAUGGAUCAGUGGCAUCAGGUGUUCCCUGAAACUCCUCCACAAAUCCAGGUCAACACCCAUGAGCCCAGAAUUGUGUACAGCCUGGUUGAUGCCACAAUUGAGGUACUCUGUGCUCAUGCGAAUGAAGUUGCACUUGAUGCUUGUGAAACACCAAGCUAUUUAACCAAUGAUGAAAGCCACAAGGGCUACAGACAGGUCCUGUUCCAAUUAGCAUCUGAUAUACUGCAUGAGGUUUGUGCUGAUAUAUUGGAAACAAGUGGCUCUUUCCAGAACACAGAGGUUAAAUCAGUGGUGUCAACUCUGCAGAGACAGCAAAUAUCAGUUGCCUUUUUAAAGGCUGCUGUGAAAAAGGAAACUCAGAAAAUACUUAAUCUGGAGCACACUGAUCAACAAAUGACAGAGAUGCUACAAACGCUUUGCAAAUACUGGUAUGCUAAGAGGGACAGAGUGGACUACAUUCUGAUCCAGGAACUUCACAACGAGGAGAGGAAGUGGGUGGAUUACAGCGCUGACCAGGUCACUGUGAAAACACGACUAUCUGAGGAGAUUUUCAGAUUACUUCUGGAUGAUACUAUAUCAGUUCUUAACCACAUAUACAUAGCUGGCAAUAAAUGAGACUGUAAAUUUGGCAUUCUUAUCAUUUCAUCUUGAUCAUUACAAAUCACUUUUUAAAACAUUGUCAAAAUGUUUACUUCAUGAAUUUCAUGCUCUUUAUGUCUGUACAAUUUUAACUCUGAUCUAAAUUAAACGUGUUUGAAGGCUGUGUUGUAAUUACAUUUUAAAAUUAGAAUGUUGGUCAUUUUGUUCUUUACAAUGUAAUUUAUUAUCUGUUUAUUUUAGACGAAGAUUACAACUGUGAGGUUUGGUUCAAAAUUAUGACGCAUA